AAAAAAAAAAAAAAAAAGAAGGAAAAAAAAAGAAGAAGAAGAAGAACGAGGAACAAUUCGACAGGCACAGAAAGAAAGAGCAAAGUUUUCCCCGAGACAGAGAUAAAAGCAAAUCAUCUAGCUUAGGAUUAGGGUUAGGGUUAGGGUUAGAGAGAAAUGGAGGGUUGGGACCCGAACACGAAAUCGACACUGACCCAAAUCCCUCUGCUAACGACGAAAGCCGGGCCAAGAGACGGUGCGGCCUGGACGCAGAGGCUGAAGGAGGAGUACAAGUCCCUGAUCGCCUACACACAGAUGAACAAGUCCAACGACAACGAUUGGUUCCGGAUCUCCGCUUCCAAUCCGGAGGGGACACGUUGGACAGGGAAAUGCUGGUACGUGCACAAUCUCCUCAAGUACGAGUUCGACCUCCAAUUCGAUAUCCCUGUCACCUAUCCCUCCACAGCUCCCGAGCUCGAGCUCCCUCAACUCGAUGGCAAGACCCAAAAGAUGUAUAGAGGGGGGAAGAUCUGCUUGACCGUACAUUUCAAGCCACUUUGGGCAAAAAAUUGUCCUAGGUUUGGUAUAGCCCAUGCACUAUGCUUGGGUCUUGCACCAUGGCUUGCGGCAGAGGUUCCCAUUCUUGUGGAUUCGGGUAUGAUUAAGCACAAAGAUGAUGCAACCACAUCCACUGAAACUUAGUUUCUUAAACAAUGUUAAGACUGUAAAAUUAAACAUUGGGUUCCAGAGUUGUUACUUGUUAGCUUGCUUGAAAAGAAUAAACAUUGAGGCUUAAAUGUGCCAUUGAUAGGACGUCGUCCUCUAAGGUGUACAAUUUAUCUGCCGGAUAUUAUAUUCUAUGAGAUCAAAUAUAUACUCCUGAAGUUUUUUUGCA